UAUUGAUGUGAUUUGGCGCUAUAUAAAUGAAAUUGAACUGAAUUGAAUUGCUUACCUCACCUUUAAAUGUUCAUACUUUUCUACACUGAUUGUGAAUUAUGACUUGAAGACAGCGUUUGCAGCUGUAUCAACACUGAUUAAUGGGGUUUUGGAUAUUGCAGCAGCAGAGCAGAGCUCAGGCUGUCUCAGUCCAGGUUUCAGCUGGAUGGAAGCAGUCGUGUGCUGCUCUGUAUACUCAGUGUGUUUUUUGGUGGCCAAGGGCAAAUCAACAAGUUAGUAAAUGAUUGAUACAGAAACCAAACAAUUUCAUUAUGAAAUCCUACAACCACAGCGAACCCUGAAUCCCCUUUGAACAAGCAGAGAGAUACGCUUUUUAUGUAAAUAAUGCAAGCAGUCACAAAUAUAAUGGCCAGACGGCUCAGUGUUGGUUUCCACUUCUGAAGCUCACCAGCUGUAGCAUCAUGAAUCUGUGGUUCAGCACUCACUUCCUGGUUGUUGGGCUGUUUCUGAGCAGCUCGGCUGUGACACCUGAAGAAUGCCAACCCUUGGUCACGCCUUUGUCCCUGGCUGACCCCAGCAUGAUGUACGGCAGGAUGAACUUCAUCAUGGGUUACGUUGAUAAUAAUGCAUAUGACGCCAUCCUGAAGUCAACCGAGAGCUCCUGGGGGAAAAUCACUGCGUCACCGUUCAGACCUGGUGACGUUGUGAUGUCUCAGUGGAACAAGAUAAAUGGAACCUGCUUUACCUCAACAGUCAACGUAACUAUUGAUGGCGACACUGCGAGAGCAGCAUUACCUAACAUCACCUCUGAGUUCCACGUGCUGCCGAGCUGCCAAGGCUGUCUGGUCUUCAGCAUCAACAACACCGCCAGAAACCUCAACAAGAUUCAUCAACUUCUGAAAGUUGGUGGCACCUUUCCAGAGGAGGAGGUCAUCAGUCGGGCUGUUUAUCUGCUGGGCAGCGAGUCGACCUUGAAGGACUCAGACUUGGAGCGUUUCAAGCAGCAGGCAAGCUGCCUCGGCUUCUCCGGAGAACCAGACUACCACUACGACCCCAAGAACGGUUUCUGUGAUGAAGGCGAGAGCAUUAAGAUUACCUUCAACUGAAGUUUAAAAAAUAUUUCAACCUGAAACUGAGAAAAUAAAGAGACAAAAAAUGACUCAAAUA